UCCAACAAAAUGUUCAAAUUCGCUGCUGUCAUCCUCGCCGUCCUGGCCUGUGCCUCUGCGAAGCCCGGCUUCCUGAGUGCUCCUCUGGCGUACACUGCGCCUGCCGCCAUCGUAGCUGCUCCUGGUCCUGUUGUUACCGCCACCAGUAGCCAGGUGUUUGCAAGGAACUACAAUGGAAUUGCUGCUGCUCCCGUGAUCGCUCCAGUUGCUGCUCCUUUGGCCGCUCCAGUGAUCGCCAAGUAUGCCGCUGCUCCUUUGGCCGCUCCAGUGAUCGCCAAGUAUGCCGCUGCCCCUCUGGCCACUCCUUUGGCCUACCACUCGGCUCCCCUAGCCUACUCAUCGUCUCUGGCCAGUCCUCUGGGUUACUCAGCCCCUCUGACCUAUAACACCUAUGGCGCCCUUCAUGCCCCCGCACCGGUCCUGUUUUAA